UGGCAGAAAGAAUUUUCAGUGGCUUGGACGCAAAAACCCCAGAGGCUUAUCAUGCCCUGAUUUGUGGAAUGGUAAAGCACGGACAAGCUGUGGGUGCAUGGGAGCAUUAUAAACAAAUGCUAGCCGACGGUUUCCAACCGGAUUUAAUGACCUACAAUAGUAUUUUGAAAAUAAGCGGAAUCAUCAGAGAAGAUGGAGAAUAUAUUAUUACAUUGAUUGACGAUAUUCUUACAAGUAUAGCUCAUGCUGGAAUAAAGCCAGACGUCCGUAGUUUGAAUGCCGCUUUGCAGUCCAUUUCUCGUAUGCCAAUAACCCGAGUAGCUCGUGAAAAGGCAUCAAGAUUGAUGUCAGAUUUCAAGUCUAUUGGAGUUAAACCAUCUUUAGGAACUUACACCUCCCUCCUCAAGAUCUUCUGUCGAGAUAAGGGUCCAAGGAGUAACAUUCUUAUAGACAUUGUUCGCAGAAUUGAAAACGAAAUGCCACCAAUUCAAGACGUAGAAGACGUCACUUUCUUUAGCGAGGCUAUGAAAAAUUGCAAUUAUCAUUUAGACGACGUGCAAUUAGCCAAAAGACUACACAGCCUUCUUUCCUCAUCUCAGAAUCAAGUUUUCAUCGGAGAUUCCUACAAGGAGUCUGUUUACUAUCGCAGCUUUCUGCUUCUUCUCAGCCGAGCUGAAGGUCCAGAAGCUUUUAUGGAAAUGUACCGUCAUCUGGUCCCCCACAUUUACACGCCCGAACAGAACGUGUUUGAGAAUGUCAUCAAGUCCAUAUCCAGUUCCUCGGCCAUCCAAUAUGUUCCCGAACUGUGGAGCGACGCCCGUUAUUUUGAAUUGUCUGAAAGGGAUUCGGUUCUAGAAGCUCUUCUGGAGGCUUUGACCUGCGGUUCAGGACCUGACCCUACGAUCGUUAUAAAUAAAAAUGACGUCGAUCCUGUUUUAGCUACAGCUAGAGCGAUCAUGUCCCACGUCAAUCAAGUUCUAAAAACAGCCGAAGAGAAGGAUCGAACAAUUUCUUUGCGGUGGACUGGAUCGAUGCUCGGCAAUCUGAUGAAAGUUUUUCUCCAAUACGGCGACUUGGACUCUGCGGAUGAAGUUAUGAUCAAAGUCAACCAAUUGAAGAAUCAGUUGUCCUCCUACUUCCCGUUGGCAUCGUUAAACAUUUUUAUUGAGAAAUGUAUUGAGCGCCAGAAUUCCGCAACAACUUUGAUGGCGAUCGACUACGCCGCCGAAAUGGGAUACGAAAACCUCCCGACCAUGGCGCAGAGAAUCAGCGAACAAUUAAAGCUCGACGAGAAGCAGCAACAGAAGCUUAGCAGCAUCCUUAGUAACGCCCCCGCUCCAGCAGAGGCAUCUUAACAGACUUUGUUCUCACAGGUCUAUCAAUACAAAUGAGGUCGGUCGUAGCGUGUUAAA